CCAGUCCAAGAUGUGACAUUCAAACUCAGAAUCUUGCUGUAAAGCACAUCUCCUGUCACCAUGUCCCACAAUUGCUGCUCUGGAAACAUCUCCUCUCAGUCCCUUGGGGGGUUCCUGCGCUACCCAGGAUCUUCCUGUGGAUCUCUCUACCCCAACAACCUGUUCUUCAGCACUAAUCUCCGCUCUCCCAGCAGCUGCCAGCUGGGCUCCUCUCUCUACAGCGGCUGUCAGGAGACCUGCUGUGACCCCACCGGCUUCCGGACAUCCUACCUGGUGUCCAGCCCCUGCCAGACGUCCUGCUACCGACCAAGGACCUCCAUGUUCUACAGUCCCUGCCAGACAACGUAUUCUGGGUCUCUGGACUUUGGCUCCAAUGGCUUUCAAUCUUUUGGUUAUGGCUCUCCCUUUCUGGGCUUUGGAUCCAGUGGUUUCCAAUCAAUGGGGUGUGGUCCCAAUGCUUUUUCAUCCCUGAGUUGUAGAUCGAGCUUUUAUCGUCCAAUGUCCUUCUCUUCUAGAAGUUGCCAGUCUGCUUUUUACCAACCAACCUGUGGAUCUGGCUUCUACUAAUCUUAUGUUUGAACAUAAUACCUCCUAUGUCUAGAAAUUUAACGAAAUAACUACUAUAUCAAGAUCCGUGUGGCCUAUUGAUCUCCUGUCCUAUCAUUAGCUUACAAAUUUGACUUAUACUGUUACCUAUUAUGGAUUAGAAAUAACUUGAAUUCCAGUAAUUGGAAAAUACAUUCAUUGAAGAAAGAUGUCGAAGCAGUUUUCUUGUAGUUAUAUAGAUGUAGUACUGAGGCAUGUUUCUUUCUUAAUAUCAACUAGUUAUUUCUUCUAGUGCAUUUGUUUCAAAUUUUACAAAAUGGAAAAAUGUAAGUUUAAAUAAAAUAUAUAUUAUAUGACCUUCACAUAUAAGAUUUUCAUAUUACUUGUUUACUCUGUGUCUUCAAAACUACUUUUAAACAUCUGAAUGGAUAUUUCUGAUAUUUGUGUUUAUCAUUUAAAUUUUUUUUACUUUAGCAAGUAAAGUCAUCAGGGCACCUAGAUGGCUUGAGUAAGCAUCAGACUCUUGAUUUCAGCUCGGGUCAUGGUCUCACAGGGUGUGAGUUCGAGCCCCAUGUCAGGCUCUAUGCAGACAGUGCAGAGCCUGCUUGGGAUUCUCUCUCCCUUUCUCUCUGCCCCUCGCCUUCUCUCAUGCUCGCUCUCUCUCUCUGUCAAAAUAAAUAAACAUUUUUUUAAGUCAAAUCA